AACUUGAAUGACAAAACAGUUUUCAAUUAGCCGGGGGACUGUUUACAAAGCGAGAGCACUCGUAGAUAACUCUUUCGCAUUUUCAAACUGUAAUAAGAGAUGGAUUAUGUAGAUGAAAAUGCUAAGGAAGUAUAUACGGAAAAUUUUAAAGGUGAAGAAUAUAAUGAAGAGCUAAAAGAUUUACUUCCUUCAGCAGAACGCUUUUUCGAAUUCUACUUAGCUUUCGUACAAGAAGUACUAAAAUCAAAAAAAUUCGAAGGUUCAAAGCUCCUCGAAAUAGGUAGUGCAACCACCAUUCACAAUAUCGCAUCUGCUAGUUUUUACUAUGAAAAUAUUGUCCAAAGUGAGUUUACGAAAAACAGUCGAGAAAUACUCAAGCGCUGGCAUAAAAGUGAUAUAAAUCUUGACUUCAGUCCACUCCUUAACAUCAUCGCUAAACUUGAAGGAUAUGGAAGUGAACUGGAGAAAGGUAGAAAUGCACUUGAAUCAAGAAUUCGAAAAUCUGUGAAAUGCGUUGUUUCAUGUGACCUCCUUUCAAAUGAGAUUCUGAAGAUGGAGGAAUUAAUUUCCCCAGAAACUCAACCGCCUUAUGAUUUAGUUAUAACAAUGUUCACACUAGAACCUGCGUGUCCAGAUUCUCACCAUUUCCUUACAGCUCUAAAGGGAAUCAAUAAGCUGCUUAGAAAAGGAGGAGGACUGAUUGCUGCAGGACUCGAGAAUGCAGGAGGGUGGAAAGUAGGCGAGAAAUGGUUUCCAUUCCUUCAUCAUAAUGUGCAGGAUAUUGUGCGCGCUCUAAAAGAAGCAGGCUUUGGAAAUAUCACUUUCAAAUUACAUUAUCCCCAUGAAUGUGGAAUUUAUCAAAAGCAUGACAGCAUAUAUUGCUUUGCAGCAGAAAAACUAUAAUGCAUUAUAAAUUAAUUUUUUCAAGCAUUUAUGUUUCAUGUGCUCGUUAAAAGGAGUUAAAUGUGUAAAGGAAAAGCAUUUUGCAUAUUUUCUUUCUAAAUAUUUUAUAUCUGUUGUUAAAGGAUUAAUAAAUGACGCACAUAUAUUUAAUUUCUUA